CCACCACCCUCCACCCUACUAUCUUACCCCGUAGGUCUCGGGAGUUGAUUCGCGAGGCGAUCCUGGACAACGACUUCAUGAAGAACCUGGAGCUGUCGCAGAUCCUCGAGGUGGUCGACUCCAUGCACCCGGUGGAGUUCACGCGCGGCAGCUGCAUCAUCCGCGAGGGCGAUGUGGGGUCACUCGUCUACGUCAUGGAGGAGGGCCGAGUGGUCGUCACCAAGGAGGGGGUGAAGCUGUGCACCAUGAGUCCAGGGAAAGUAUUUGGCGAGCUCGCCAUCCUCUACAACUGCACCCGUACGGCCACCGUCAAGGCCAUCACGAACGUGCGCCUCUGGGCAAUCGACCGCCAAUGCUUCCAGACGAUCAUGAUGAGGACUGGCCUCAUCAAGCAGGCCGAGUACAUGGACUUCCUGAAGAGUGUGCCAUCUUUUCAGAAUCUGGCAGAGGAGGUGAUCAGCAAGCUGGCUGAUGUUAUUGAGGAGAUGCACUAUGAUGCCGGAGACUACAUCAUCAGGCAAGGGGCGAGUGGAGAUACCUUCUUCAUCAUCAGCAAAGGGCAGGUGAAUGUUACGAGACAGGCCGAGGGGGUGAGUGACGAGCCUGAGCUUCUGAGGUCCCUGGGAAGGGGAGACUGGUUUGGAGAGAUGGCGUUACAGGGGGAGGACGUGAGGACAGCCAACGUGAUCGCAGUGGAGUCAGUCACGUGCCUGGUCAUCGACAGAGAGUCGUUUAAACAUCUGAUCGGGGGCAUCGAGGACAUGUCCACCAAAUGCUGCGAGGACACGGACUCCAAAGCGACCUCGGAGGUGGAAGGGUCGUUCUUCUCCAAGUUGUCUCUCUGCGACUUCACGGCGAUCGACACCUUGGGUGUGGGUGGGUUUGGUCGCGUGGAAUUGGUGCAGCUGAAGAGCGAUGUGAGCCGCACCUUUGCCAUGAAGAUCCUCAAGAAGCGGCACAUCGUGGAGACCCGCCAGCAGGAGCACAUCCGCUCGGAGAAGUCCAUCAUGAGCGAUUCGCAUUGCGGAUUCAUCGUGCGACUCUACAGGACGUUCAGAGACAAUAAGUAUCUCUACAUGCUGAUGGAGGCGUGCCUGGGUGGAGAGCUAUGGACCAUACUGAGAGACAGGGGCUCGUUUGAUGACGCCACGACACGCUUCUACACGGGCUGCGUGCUGGAGGCGUUUUCCUACCUCCACUCCAAGGGCAUCAUCUACCGAGACCUCAAGCCUGAGAACCUCAUCCUGGACACGCGCGGAUACACCAAGCUGGUUGACUUUGGGUUCGCCAAGCGAAUCGGCCUGGGCCGUAAGACUUGGACGUUCUGCGGCACUCCGGAGUACGUCGCUCCCGAGGUGAUCCUCAACCGGGGCCACGACGUCUCCGCAGACUACUGGUCGCUCGGCAUCCUCAUGUACGAGCUGCUCACGGGCAGCCCCCCGUUCUCUGGCGCGGACCCCAUGAAGACUUACAACAUCAUCCUCAGGGGAAUCGACAUGGUGGAGUUCCCCAAACGCAUCCCCAAGAACGCAGCCAUCCUCAUCAAGAAGCUCUGCCGGGACAAUCCCACGGAGAGGCUUGGGAACAUGAAGAACGGAGUGAGGGAUAUUCAGAAACACAAGUGGUUUGAAGGCUUCAAUUGGGAAGGUCUCAGGAAGGGCACUCUCACUCCCCCCAUCAUCCCCAAGGUGAGCUCCCCCACGGACACGAGCAACUUCGACAGCUUCCCCGAGGACACAGAAAGCCCUCCCCCAGACGACGACUCGGGCUGGGACAAAGACUUCUGAUGGCUCGCCACGCCGCCUGCCGCCGAUCGGGGUAGUGGCGGCGGUGGCAGUGGCGGUAGCGGUGGUAGUGGCUGUGGUUGUGGUGGUGGUAGUGGUGGUGACAGUGGUGGUAGUGGUGGUGGCAGUGGUAGUAGCUGUGGCAGUGGUGGUAGUGGCUUUGGUGGUAGCAGUGGUGGUGGUGGUGAAAGUGGUAGUGGCCGUGUUGGCAGUGGUGGUGGCAGUGGUGGUAGUGGUGGUGGUAGUAGUGGUGGUGGUUGUGAUGGUGCUGCUGGUGGGAGUGGUGGUGGUUGCAGUGGUGGUAUCAGUGGUGGUAGUGGUGGGGGUGUCUCGAGUGUAUGAGGGGUGGGUGAGCAUAGGGGCAGUGCAGUACAACACUCGCCCCCACCCUAUCUCUCUCGUCGGUGUGUUGGGCGAGUUGGUUACGGCUCGAUCGUGUGAACAUUUGUAGCAACUCAACAGUUACCAAAGCUGUAAGACGGUGCUGUGUGUCGUGGGUCGGACGAGUGAAUGGCUCGUGAGGCUCAGAGGAGCCGUUGAAGCCUUCCUGGACCUUAGCAUAGGGAGGUUGUGAAGUUCACGAUGGCCGUGUCGGUGAGGUUCAAGAUGGCCGUGUCGGUGAGGUUCAAGAUGGCCGUGUCGGUGAGUUUCACAAUGGCCGUGUCGGUGAGUUUCACAAUUGCCGUGUCGGUGAGGUUCACAAUGGCCGUGUCGGUGAGGUUCACAAUGGCCGUGUCGGUGAGGUUCACAAUGGCCGUGUCAGUGAGGUUCACAAUGGCCGUGUCAGUGAGGUUCACAAUGGCCGUGUCAGUGAGGUUCACAAUGGCCAAGUCGGUGAGGUUCACGAUGGCCGUGUUGGUGAGGUUCACAAUGGGGCAAGUGUUGUUAGCGAGCACCUAUGGAGGCCGGCACUGUGGUACACGAGGGGGUGGGUGACCAGCACCACGCCCACCCGGCCGCCUUUGUCUCCCCAGUGGCGAUGUUUACUGCACAACGCACCAGGUACUCAUUUGAAGCUGAGCUGACAUAGGGGAGGCCCAGGACCGGUUCAGAUAAUCGUCACUUAGUGUUGGUGGCCGUGAGCGGGAAUCGAACUCGGGUUUCCGAGUUCGAAGUGCAGCGUAUCACUAACUGCUCCCGCCACCGCUCCCGUCCACACACAGACACAUGCGCGCGCGAGAGUACGUUUUUUCAGUUUUCAGUUUUCAGUUUCAUUUAUUAGGUAUAACCCUGUGAGCCAUGCGGCUCUUGCCUCGGGUGCAACCGCAACAAAACAAAGACAUGAACAAGAAACAUCUUGAAGUGGCUACACGCAACGGAAAAGUAAUCGGCCACC